AGGGUCGGCUUGCACUGCCGCUUUAAACGGCUCUCCGCCCGGUCUAUCUCACCCGGUGGUUCUCUUCCCUCAUUUCGCCGCUUUGUUUUCACUGUCGCUCUUUUGACCAUGGCUGCUCAUUCCACCGAAGAACCGUUCCCCUUCCACGGGCUGCUCCCCAAAAAAGAAACGGGUGCCGUGUCUUAUCUUACCAGGUUCCCCGAGUACGAUGGCCGAGGGGUCCUCGUCGCCAUCCUCGACACGGGCGUGGAUCCCGGGGCCCCCGGCAUGCAGGUCACAACUGAGGGGAAGCCAAAGAUCGUCGACAUCAUCGAUACGACGGGCAGCGGGGACGUGAACAUGAGCACGGUGGCCGAGUCUAAAGACGGGACAAUCCUCGGCCUCUCUGGUAGAACGCUUAAGAUCCCUCCUGCCUGGGUCAACCCGACAGGGAAGUACCGCAUUGGAGUUAAAAAUGGCUAUGAGUUCUUCCCUAAGGCUCUCAAAGAAAGAAUGCAGAAAGAGCGAAAGGAGAAGAUGUGGGACCCACCACACCGAGCAGCAGUAGCUGAAGUCUCUCAGAAGACGGAAGAGUUUGACCUCUCUCACCCAACACCCUCACAGGUGGAGAAGUUGCAGAAGGAAGAGCUGCAGAGUCAGUCAGAGUUGCUGGCAUCGUUGGAAAAGAAGUACAGUGAUCCUGGUCCUGUGUAUGACUGUGUGCUUUGGCACGAUGGCGUCACAUGGAGGGCUGUAGUCGAUACUUUAGAGAGUGGAGAACUGUCCCAGUGCACCGUGCUGAGCGCCUACAAAGAGACGCAAGAGUACGCAACGUUGGGCAAUGCUGAGAUGCUUAACUACUCUGUUAACAUCUACGACGAGGGAAACACACUCUGCAUUGUCACCAGUGGAGGCGCUCACGGGACACAUGUGGCAAGCAUUGCAGCCGGCUACUUCCCAGAAGAACCUGAGCGUAACGGCGUGGCCCCCGGUGCCCAAAUCCUGGCCCUGAAGAUUGGAGACACCCGCCUCAGCACCAUGGAAACAGGCACAGGACUCAUCCGAGCGAUGAUUGAAGUCAUCAACUACAAGUGUGACCUGGUUAACUAUAGCUACGGAGAAGCCACCCACUGGCCCAACACGGGGAGGAUUUGUGAGGUGAUCACAGAGGCUACGCAGAAGCACAAUGUCAUAUUCGUUUCGAGUGCAGGAAACAACGGGCCGUGCCUCUCCACCGUCGGCUGCCCCGGGGGAACCACCAGCAGUGUCAUAGGAGUUGGGGCAUAUGUGACUCCGGACAUGAUGGUGGCAGAGUAUUCUCUUAGGGAGAAGCUACCUCCCAAUCAGUACACCUGGUCAUCCAGGGGCCCGAGCACAGACGGGGCCCUGGGUGUCAGCAUCAGCGCGCCGGGCGGGGCCAUCGCCUCCGUACCCAACUGGACACUUCGUGGCACCCAGCUGAUGAACGGCACGUCCAUGUCCUCCCCUAAUGCUUGUGGCGGCAUCGCACUAAUCCUCUCAGGAAUGAAGCAGAGCGGGAUCCGUCCCUCUGUUCCUGCGGUGAGGAGAGCGCUGGAGCACACGGCUCUGAAGAUUGACGACAUCGAGGUGUUUGCACAGGGUCAUGGAAUAAUCCAGGUGGACAAGGCAUUAGACUACCUCACUCAACACGCCACUUUACCCACAAGCCACCUUGGCUUCUCAAUAAGUGUGGGAUCACAAAGAGGCAUCUACCUCAGGGACCCAGCCCACGUUCUCGCCCCCUCAGAUCACGGAGUAGGAAUUGAACCCGUCUUUCCGGAGAACACGGGAAACUCUGAGCGAAUCUCCUUGCAGCUCCACUUGGCGCUCACGUGUGCCGCCCCGUGGGUCCAGUGCCCCUCCCAUCUAGAGCUGAUGAACCAGUGUCGCCACGUGAAUGUACGCGUUGAUCCUGUGGGACUGAAAGAGGGAGUGCACUACACAGAGGUCUGCGGGUAUGAUACAGCAGCACCAAGCUGUGGCCCCUUAUUCAGAGUCCCAAUCACAUGCAUUAUCCCCACCAAAGUGACGGAUACCCGUAAUCAGGAGGUGGGUUUCACAGACGUCCACUUCAGGCCCGGCCAGAUCAGACGCCACUUCAUCACCGUUCCUCAGGGAGCCUCCUGGGCAGAGAUCACGCUGACCUCUCAUUCGGGAGACGUCUCAUCAAAGUUUGUCCUCCAUGCGGUGCACUUGGUCAAGCAAAAAGCGUAUAGAGCUAAUGAAUUCUACAAGUUUUCCUCUCUGUUGGAAAGAGGCUCCCUUACUGAGGCUUUCCCUGUGCUGUCCGGAAAGAUAGUCGAGUUCUGCAUUGCACGCUGGUGGGCGAGCCUGGGCGACGUCACAGUGGACUACAGCAUCUCGUUCCACGGACUCCACACUUCACCUGCACCGCUGCACAUACACGCCUCAGAAGGAGUGACGAGUUUUGAUGUGUCGUCGCCUCUGAGGUACGAGGAGGUGUCCCCCACUAUUACCCUCAAGUCUUGGGUUCAGCCUCUCCGGCCCUUAAAUUCAAAGAUCAAAGCGCUGGGAAUGAGGGACGUUCUGCCUAACAACAGACAACUCUACGAGAUUGUCCUCACCUACAGCUUCCACCAGCCAAAGAGUGGCGAGGUCACCCCCAGCUGCCCCAUGCUGUGUGAGCUACUGUACGAGUCCGAGUUUGACAGUCAGCUCUGGAUGCUGUUCGAUCAGAACAAGAGACUACUGGGCUCAGGGGACGCUUAUCCACACCAGUACUCUCUGAAGCUGGAGAAGGGGGACUACAGUGUGCGCCUGCAGGUCCGCCACGAGCAGUCCAGCGAACUGGAGCGCCUGAAGGACCUACCGUUUGUGGUCUCUCACCGUCUAUCCACCACGCUGAGCCUGGACGUCUACGAGUCGCACCGCGCUGCCCUGAUGGCCAAGAAGAAGGCGAACUCUGUCACCUUGUGCCCAGGGGCUACGCAGCCCUUCUAUGUCACAGCCCUGCCCGACGACAAGAUCCCAAAGGGGACGAGUCCAGGAGGUUAUCUUUCAGGCUCUCUGGUUGUCCCCAAGAGCGAGUAUGGCAAGAAAGCAGGGCAGGCCUCUGCAAAACGACAAGGGAAGUUUAAAAAGGAUAUUGUGCCAGUCGUCUACCACUUAAUUCCUGCUCCCAACAAAUCAAAGAAUGGCGGGAAGGAGAAGGACAAGGAGGGGGACAAAGAGAAGGAUGUGAACGAGGAGUUUGCAGAAGCUCUGAGGGACUUAAAGAUUCAGUGGAUGACAAAAUUGGACUCAAGCGCCAUCUAUGAGGAGCUGAAAGAGACCUACCUGGAUUACCUCCCGCUGCACGUGCAAAGGCUUCACCAGCUGGACUCUGAAAAGGAGCGCGUGAAGCGUCUCAAAGAGGUGGCAUCAGCUGCCGAUAUCGUCAUAUCCCACAUCGACCAGACGGCCCUGGCCGUUUACCUCACCAUGAAGACGGACCCUCGGCCCGACGCCGCCUCUAUCAAGACGGACAUGGAGAAGCAGAAGUCGUCUCUACUGGACGCGCUGUGCAGGAAGGGCUGCGCUCUGGCCGACCAGCUGCUGCUGCUGCUGCCCGCCGUGCCGCAGGACGGCGCCGGUGCCGUCUCCACGGGACGGGUAGAGGCAGCAGGAGAACAGGAGGAGCCGCAGCAGCAGGAGGAGGAGGCUGGGGAAGAGGUGGCCAGCAGUUCUGGCGACACCACGCACAUUGUGGUUAAAGCUCUGACGGAUACGUUUUGGGAGGUGCAGAAGUGGGCGGAGCUAACUGACUCCAAGGUGUUGAUGUUUUCAUACAAACACGCUCUGGUGAACAAGAUGUACGGCCGAGCCUUAAAGUACGCCUCAAAGAUGGUGGAGGAGAAGCCCAGCAAAGACAACAUGAAGAACUGCAUUCAGCUCAUGCGGCACCUUCAAUGGACGCACUGUGCCACCUUCAGUGAGAACUGGCUCCCCGUCAUGUACCCCGCAGAAUACACGCUGUUCUAGACACAUCACAUUCAUGCAGCACGAGCAGCAUGGCCAUACAUGGUCAAUUGGAUAUCAUGUCCCUCAGGGUCACAUGAUCUAUGCAUCUGGGUUUUCAGAUGUAGGUGGACAUCAAAAUGAGGGACGACGCAGAGUGUGAACGUCAUUCAGCGCUGCAGACCAUGUGGCAUCGCUGUUCAUUUUAAUGCCACCAACACAUUUCUUUUUUUUUUUUUUUUACACGCUUGACAGCCUGUAGUUAUCGCUGAAUACUUUUAUAUUGGGUGUUCUUCAUUUUUAGUGUCAUCUACACAUUUAGAAGCUUUUCACGUCUGCACUCAUCCUCAGCUGCCUGGGCGCCACUUCACAAUGACCUCAUUCUUUCGUGUAAAUACUGUAGAAGUCCAGGGACGCAUCCCUGGUCUUAAAAAAGGAAAGUCGUGUCCCCGUCUCCUCACACAAACAAAUGAAGAGCAGAAACAGCCGUAGCUGAUGGUUUUGAUACUUCAGUGAGGCCUGGAGGACCUGCUGUGCAUGAAGUUCGGACAUACGGGAUCUCCGACCUUAAAAGGGAGACAGAACCUUUUCUUUUUUUUUUUUGAUUGUUCCAACCGGGCCAGAUUGAUAAAGUUAAUAUUUAGUCUAGUCUGUGUUGUUAGACUUUGACUGAUGUACACAGAGCAGUGUUGAGGUGCCUUCCUACAUCCACCGGACCUUUUUUCUGGUCGGAUGACAAACGAUGCGAGGCCCUCUUGCAGUUGUUUCAUCCCCCGGCAUUUGGUGUCAAAUGUGUGUCUAUAGCUCACGUGCUCAGUGGGACGAGGAAGCCAAAAAAACCACACCGUCUCAGCCUGGGCUCACCUCCAGAGGUGUUCCACACAGCAGCGAGCCGAGGUGCACAUCUGCCGUGAGAGAUGCAGUUGUGGGCAGCGGAAGGAUGUUUAGUUUUCAUCGUUAAAUGUUCACCCAGGAUUGGAUGUUUCUCUGCAGCCGUCGAAAUGUUGCAUUUGUACAUACAAUAAUGUACAUACACACAUAACAUCAAGAUGCAAUAGGUCUAUAGUGCAAAUAUUAUUGGAGUUGAUGUAUUUUGCAUAAAUGCAUGUCUUCUAGGAUGUAACGAAAAACACCCUGAACAAGAUUUUGGGGAUAAUCCAUGAAUUAGAGUUGUGUGUGUAAGUGUAAAAACAGAACUGAAAUGAGGGGUUUAAUUAUAUUUUAUUUUUCUCUUUUUGUCGGAUGCAUUAACAUCCGACCACAUUAACCUUAUUUACCUUUAAAGGACAAUCGCAAUGCUUUUGUAUGUUUUAUCGUUUUUUACUGCAAAUUGUAUACUUUACAUCAAAGAUGACCAUUCGACAUGUGUUAUUUAGAAUGUUUAUGGAAUUUUCCAUAGAACCAUUUAUCAACAUGAUCAUUUUAAAACGUCCAUAGUGAACACCAAGUCUGCAUUAAAGGCCCUUAAAACAUUUCUAAA